AUGACUUCUGGAGUUUACACUUUUUCUGCGCACGGAACACUCUGUCAUAAUAUCGAUCAGUUAAUUUCAAGGGAUGGGAAAUCGAGGUAUUUACAGUUGUAUUUUUAUGAAGGUGAAGCUGAAAUAUCACAGAGAUCCUCCUGGAAGAAUGUUAAUAGAAGAAUCAUCCAAAAACUAACACGUAUUCUAGCUUCGAAUCCGUACGUUAGAACAUUUAAACGUCUUUCUGAUCUAGGACCGCUUGAUAAUUAUAGAGUGACUUUGAAUGCAUCGGUGGAACUUGACCAAAGGGUGUACAAUAAGUCGACCACAUCUGAGGUUGCUGGUAUUUGGGUUGAAGGAAAUGACAACAUCACUACAUAUAAAAGAAGUAUUAUUGUCUAUGGGAGGUCUAACUAUCGUACUGAAAUUCAACCUCACUUUGGUUGUUAUGAUCCUUUGUCGUAUCCUUUAUUCUUUCCCAAUGAAUCUACUUCAAAAAAAGGCAGAAAUACUCAGUUUGCAGUAGAUACCUAUAUAAAGAUUGAGACUACACGUUUGGUUUUUGUUGAAAAGAACCAAACCAAAAUUAGAGCUGAUUUAUACCAGGGCGUUGUUGAUUGCUUCAAUGCUGGUGAGGCUCAACCAAGCAGGGUUGGACAAAGAGUUGUGUUACCUACAAGUUUCAUUGGAGGUCCACGUGACAUGCGACGAAGAUUUCUGGAUGUCAUGGCGUUAGUUCAAGAUGAUGGGAGGCCUGAUAUAUUUCUUACAAUGACGUGCAACCCAAAAUGGAAAGAAAUCGAUGAUGAGUUAUUGCCUGGACAGUCAGCUCAAGAUCGACUAGACCUUGUUGCAAGAGUUUUUCAUGCUAAGUUAGAGGAUCUGAAGGUACAGUUAUUCCAGAGACAUAUAAUCGGCGUUGUGGGGUCAUAUGUGUAUGUGAUAGAGUUUCAAAAGCGUGGAUUGCCACAUGCACAUUUCCUCUUAAUAAUGACACCUGGACAUAAGAUGAAUAAUCCAGACGAUUAUGACAAACUUGUGUGUGCGGAAAUUCCCGACCCAAUAAGGUUUCCUGAAAUGCGUGAUCUUGUCAAAAGUCACAUGAUGCACGGUCCUUGUGGUAGCUUACGAGAAAAAAGUCCAUGUAUGCAGGGUGUGCCAAAAAUAUGUCGUUUCAGAUAUCCUAGGCAAUUCAAUGAAAAGACAUCACAAGGAGAGAACUCAUAUCCAUUAUAUAGAAGGAGAAAUAAUGGAAUUGAGGUGACUGUAAGAAAUAAAACAUUGGAUAACAGAUGGGUGGCUCCAUACAACCCAAAGUUGUUAAUGAUGUUUAAUUGUCAUAUCAACGUUGAGGUUUGUUCGAGUAUAAAGUCUGUGAAGUACCUCUUCAAAUAUGUUUAUAAGGGCCAUGACAAACAAGUUAUCCAUAUUGAUAAAGACCAAGAAAAUAUUGUUAUUAAUGAGAUACGAAAGUUUCAAGACGCACGUUAUGUAUCCCCUCCUGAGGCAUUAUGGCGAGUUUUUAGCUUUCCUCUUUCAAAAAUCCACCCUUGUGCGAUGGCCUUGCAAAUACAUCUCCCGAAUCAACAGUUGGUUAGGUUCAAAGACGGUAACAGAAUGGAAGACUUUGUUGAUAGGGAGAAAGGAAAAAAUUCAAUGUUGAUGGCAUUUUUCAAGAAGAAUAAAGAAGAUUCCAAUGCGAGAAAAUAUUUGUAUAAGGAUUUUCCCAAACAUUUUACAUGGAAUCGGAGCAACCAUUGUUGGAGGACCAGGGAACAUAAAUCAAUGAUUGGUUGA